AUGUAUGCAGAAAACCGUAACCUCACGACACAAGAUGGUCAAUUUUUCGAUAUUACUCACACGUUCAAAGUCGGUUCGUCGACAUAUCAUGUUCUUGGUCUUCGUAAAGACCGUCCAACAUAUAGAAAUACUUAUUAUAUUUUUAAUUAUGCGGAUGACCAACGUGAGUCAACAACUCAAUCGAUGUCAAAAUCUUCGUUGUUCAAACGUCCAACAACAGUAUCUGAGCAAGCACGACGGCCCAAACAUCGUCCACUCACAGCUCAUCGUGCAACAACGACUCCAACUAAUGAGUUUACUACUAGUCCAACACAAACGAGAAAGUCUACAGGUUCUCAUCUUCGUGCACGUACUGAAUCACCUAAAAUAGUGGAGAUUGAUGCAACAACUUUCAAAGAGACAUUUACUAAAGCAAUGAGAACUGAACGACAACUACUUUUUGCUUCACUGCGAAAAGAAAUGAAUAUAAAGAAGAGAACAUUACUUCGAACAAUGAAAAAAGGAAAAGAGGUUAUUUUACAAGCAACAGCAGAAGCUAACAAUAAGGAAGAAAUAAUUCGUCUAUUAGAAGAACAAAAUAAUUCGUUGGCAAUAGCAUUUGAAAAAUCUGUUAGCACUACUACUGCUUCAAUUGAUACUUUGAAACAGAUAUUAAUAGAAACUCUAGAUACACAUCAUAAUACAUCACAAUCAAUGGAACAACUUCAACUUACUUUAAUCCAGACAAUAGAACAAGAAGUACAAAAAAUUAUAUUAAAAAAUGAAGAAAUUCUUCAAUCAAUAUCUACCGAAACUAAUGCUAUUAACCAGUUACAAAAUACUCUUGUUCAAAAGAUAGAGAAUUUCGCUAUUACAAAGCAGCAUCAUGAUGAUGCGGAAUUGAAUCGCUUAUUUGCUGAACAGAAACAAGCGUUAACUGAUGCAGUGGCACAACAACAACAGGUACUUUCACUAGAUCUCAUCAAACAAACAAUGGUUGAUACAAUUAAGGAGCAACAAUUAUUGUCUGUCAAUAUUACCGAUAAUAUGAAAAAUUCUCAGCAAUCAAUCGAUGACACCAUCCCUAAUAUAUUAACUCAACACACAUCGAUAGACAGUCAUACUAUCGAUAACAAUAAUAUCCAUAGUUUGUCUAGAAAGAAAUCGAGUCAAUAUUUACGUACGCAUAAUCAAUCUUUAUCAAAAGUAGUUUCAAAAAAAUUACCAGAUCAACAUUUGUUCAAAGUCUCUAUCAGAUCACCGGAGCCUGCUCAUGUAUUUGCCACGUUAAUUAUUGGUGGCAUAGAAUAUUCAAGACGAUUAUAUACAUUAUGUCAACGUGAUGUAAUUCAAAACGAUGUAUUCAAUUGUUAUAUUGCUCCUCCCGCUAAAAAUGGUCCGUAUGAGAUCACUUUGUAUGCCAAAACAAAUAAGGAAACAACAUAUCGAGCAGCCAUCUGUAUACGAUUACCUGGAUCAAAUAUUUCUCAAUCAAUCACUUUUCCACUAGUGCAUCAAUCAUUUGAAGAACAUCAAUGUAUUUUGAUUGAACCACUUCAGCGUCUGUUGCGACAAAAUGAGCAAGUGCUAAUACAUAUGAUCGUACCCGGUGCUCAUACAGUGAAAAUUCGAAAUGGUGACGACAAUAUUGAACUCGAUGUAAAUGAGUAUAAAAAAGAAGUAGUUAAGAAGAAAAUACGAGUUCGAGGCGAUGUAUAUAUUAUCGGCUGUUGGGACAAAAAAACUGAUUCAACUAUUUGUGUUUUCAAUAUGAUUUGUUAA